UUUUGUGGCAAGCUAAGUAUUGCUAGCUGCAAGUUGAACCGGCUGUUGGGGGGAAGCAGACAUGUUCUUUAUUUUCAGCCUCCCGGGUCAGGAGUGUCAUUAGACAGCCGGGAUAUCUGGAUCUGGGAGUUUUGGUGCUUCGUGGUCGGGGUUUCGGUGGAGCAGAGACGACGCCCCGACUGCUGGAUUAACCAGGAGCCGCCGCCAUUACCAGUCGAUGCUAGCUAGCUAGCCAUUAGCACCAACGAAGGCCUUCAGGGAUGAGGAGUUGUCCUGGUUUUUACAACGAGACUGGUUUGUGGGCCUGGGGCGAUGCAUUCACUGGCUCAGGAAAUUCAGGGCUUUUCCAAAAACCGGCUGAAGAAGCAGUCCACUCGCAUCACCACGGUGACGGGCAGGAAGUUGCUGGAAAAGAGGAGUGAUGGAGCAGAGGGUGAGGUGGAGCAGGUGGAGGAGCUGGAAGAGGAAGGCGGGUGUGGAUUUGUAGAAGAUACGAGCCUUGAUCUUCAAGUCGGUGUAGUCAGACCCUUCCUGCUGCUCGCCUCUCAGGAUGCAGCCCACGACAUCGACACCAUGCAGAGAUUUAAGGUGUCCCAUGUGCUAAACGUGGCCUAUGGAGUCACCAACCUGUUUCCAGAUCAGGUGGUCUAUAAGAAGCUUCAGAUCCUGGACCUUCCAGAGACUGACCUCACGUCGCAUCUGGAGGAAUGCAGCUUCUUUAUAGACCAGGCCAAAGAGCAGGGUGGAGUGGUGAUGGUCCACUGUAACGCGGGUGUGUCACGCUCCUCCUCCAUUGUGAUUGGCUACCUGAUGCUAAGGGAGGGGCUUUCAUUUGAUGAUGCGUACAACCAGGUGAAGCUGGCUCGACCUUCAGUUCGACCAAACCCCGGUUUCUAUCAGCAGUUACAGAACUACAAGCCUUAAAGGACAAGAAGCUCCAUCUGUUAAGUAACAGUCAUGUCUUCUGAGGAGAGGGAUUUAAUGCUAUGUUAACAAUAUAAACUCUAUGGUACUGCAAUGUUUUCUCCAUGAGCUUUGAACUGAAGCUGAGCCACUGAAAGCUAUUUCCUGUAUGUCUUGCUAAUCUAACCGUUUUGUACGUCUAAAUCAUUUGUGAAAUAAACAUUGCAACUUGCUUCUGUUAUUUUA